AUGGCGCUCUGGUUGACCUUGGUCAUUGCUCUCACCUGCUUCGGUGGUCUCGCCUCCCCGGGCCCUGUACCUACCUUCACGGCCCUCAAGGAGUUGAUUGAGGAGCUGCACAACAUCACCCAAAAGGCACCCCUCUGCAAUGGCAGCAUGGUGUGGAACGUCAACCUGACGGCUAACUGGUACUGUGCAGCCCUGGAAUCCCUGAUCAACGUCACUGACUGCCACGCCAUCCAAAGGACCCAGAGGAUGCUGGGUGCACUGUGCUCUCACAAGCCCUCAACCAGGCAGGCUUCCGGCCAGCCCAUCCGAGACACCAAAAUUGAAGUGUACCGAUUUGCCAAAGACCUGCUCAGACAUGCAAAGAACGUCGUUCGCCAAGGAAAGUUCACUGAAGCAUGA